UUAUUCAUACAUAUUGUUCAAUGUAAAUUUCUAUACAUUUUAGACAGCAGCGUGUGAACAGGACUCUUAUUUUGGUGUGGUGAUGUGACGUCAUAAAGACGCGCCGCGCUCCUGCAUCUGUUGUGAUUCGGCUGAAGAAAGGAAAAACUCCUGAAGAAGCGACUGAGAUCCAUGUGACACUAUUAUAAAGAUGCCAUUUAUUAAAGAUAUGAAGAUUGAAGAAGUUUUCAGUUUAAAACAAGAAGAAACUGAGGAACAAACAAAGAUGCCGUUUAUUAAAGAUAUGAAGAUUAAAGAAGCUUUCAGUUUAAAACAAGAAGAAACUGAGGAACAAACAAAGAUGCCGUUUAUUAAAGAGGAGAGCGAAGACCUGAGGAUUGAAGAAACAUUCAGUGUGAAACAAGAAGAGACUGAGGAACAAACAAAGAUUGAGUUUAUUAAAGAUAUGAGGAUUGAAGAAGUUUUCAGUUUAAAACAAGAAGAAGCUGAGGAACAAACAAAGAUGGCGUUUAUUAAAGAUAUGAAGAUUAAAGAAGUUUUCAGUUUAAAACAAGAAGAAACUGAGGAACAAACAAAGAUGCCGUUUAUUAAAGAGGAGAGUGAAGACCUGAGGAUUGAAGAAACAUUCAGUGUGAAACAAGAAGAAACUGAGGAACAAACAGAUUUGAAAGGAAACAUGGACAGAUUUAAAAGAAGACGUACAACUGUAAGGAAUCACCUUCGAAAGUGUGAAGAGAAAUUUGAAAAUGCUCCGGCCAAAAAGGACCACUGCAAAGAGAGUCGUGGUGAUGAACCUGGGAGCCCCCCAUCAACACCAACACCACCAUCCAGAGAAGACGAGGUGCUCAGAGAGGAGCUUCUGUCAUCCAGUGGGUCUGAUGCAGAUCCACUGGAUGAGGACUACAAACCAUCUCCAUCGCCAUCAUCCAGUGAACAUGAGUUGCUUGCACUAGAGUCCCAGUCAUCCUGCCACAAUACUCCAGAGAAGCACCACAGUCAUGCAUCAUCCAGUGAAACUGACACCAGAGAAGCUGAGAACCAGAAGGCCAAAGGUAAAGCAGUUCAAAAAGGAAAAGGAGGGAAGUUUAAAGAUGAUAAAAAGAUUACUGUUAAAAGAAGCAUAACAAAGGAUGGUGCCAGAGUCUGGGACAAAGUCCAUUACUGUGUAUUCUGUGAAAAGGCUCAAUUGAAGAUAGCUAGACAUCUACAAAGAAAACAUAGUAUGGAACGCGAUGUCGCCUAUGCUUUUAGUUUCCCAGUUGGCUCAAAACAAAGGAAGAUUCUGAUAGAAGGCCUUCGUAAUAAGGGUGACUGGCAACACAAUCGCAUGGUCUUCAAGGAAGGAAAUGGUGAGAUUGUAGUAUGGAAACGGCCCUCUAAGAAGGCAGACAUAGAGAGCUACCUACCAUGUCAACACUGUUAUGCAAUGUUCAAGAGGACUGAACUCUGGAGACAUGAGAAGUCAUGUAGAGAACGGAAAGAGGAAAGACAGAAAGGCAAAAGAGUACAAAAAUUUUCCUUACAUCUACUUCCACUCAAAUCAGGCCAAGGAGUACAAAAGAUCAUCCACUCUAUGCAACAAGAUCAUGUAACCUCUCACAUCAGAAGUGAUGAGAUGAUUUGUGCGUAUGGAGAUGCAUUAUUUGCAAAAAAGGGCCGUGAAGAAUCUCAGCACAGAUACAUUGCACAAAAGCUGAGAGAACUAGGACGGUUAAUGUUGGCUGCCAAGGAGAUUGAUAAGCGUGCCAAAACUCUUAAAGACAUUUGUGAUCCAGCAAAUUUUAAACUGGCAAUUGAAGCAGCCAGACACGUGUCAAACUAUGAUGUAAACAAGAACGAAUAUGGAAAGCCAUCUACAGCUGUUAAAAUUGGGUUUUCACUCAAAGGGGCCACUGAAGCCUGGAUAGGCCACUGCUUGAUGGACUCUGAUGUCAAAACUGAGAAGAAGGCAAAAAAGUUCAAGGAGUUGCUGGAGAGCUCAUGGUCCAUUCAUGUGUCGACUAAUGCUCAUAGCUCAUUGGAGCAACGGCGGUGGGGCAAAGAAGACGCUGUACCUCUGACAGAGGAUGUUAUCACUCUCCAGAACUACCUGAGGAAAGUUGAGGAUGAGGCAAAGGCAGAGUUAACAGAGCGUGUGAGUACUACAGCAUACAGGAAGUUAAGUGAGAGCCUUCUUGCACAAAUAAUUGUGUUCAAUAAGAAGCAUGAAGGAGAAGCAUCACGUUUAACCCUUGAGACAUAUCUAAAAGCAGACACUGGUCCUGUUAAGAAGGACAUUUAUGAGACUCUAUCGCCUGUGGAAAAACAAAUGAGCCACAGACUGACACGUUUGGUGACACGCGGAAAGAGAGGCAGAAAGGUGCCCAUCCUUCUUCUUGAGCGCACAAAAGCUUCGCUUGACUUCCUGGUUGAAAAACGGAGGGAAGUUGGCAUACUUGAGGAGAACCCCUUUCUGUUUGCCAGGCUUAGCACAACAACCAAUCUCAGUGGGUGUGACUGCCUCAGAAGAUAUGCAGAAGAGAGCAAGGCCAAAAACCCAGAACUGCUGAGAUCAACAAGGUUGAGGAAACACGUUGCUACCUUAUGUCAGCUUCUCGACCUCAGCAAUCAGGAACUUGAGCAAGUUGCUCGUUUUAUGGGCCAUGAUAUCCGAGUCCACUGCGAGUAUUAUCGACAGACAGAUAAAACAUUCAAAGUGGCCAAGAUUGGCAAACUUCUGUUUGCGAUGGAGCAUGGAGCAGAGUCACUGAAAGGGAAGAGUCUGCAAACACUGGACUCCGUUAUCAGUGGCAAAAGACACGCAGCCACCCCAACUAAAGAUCUGAAAGGUGUCAAAAAGAGAAGGACGUCAGAUGCAGGAAUUCAACAGGAAGCUCAUGAAGAUGGACGGCAGCUGUCCACCACAAGCUCAUCAGUUCAAAGGAAAAAGAAGAAUGUCACAACACAAAGACAAGAUGAUGAUGAUGAUGAUGACUCUGGAGGAUGGUCACUUGGGAAGAGACAAUGUCAAACGGCAAGAACAAGACAUGCAGAUGAUGGUAAUGCUGAUGAGGAUGAUGGGAGUGAUAACAUCAGUCAAGGCAUUGAAGACACAGAUGGACUGGUGCACCAGGAGAUAGGUGGAGGACAAAUGGAGAGAACUGCAGAAAAACAUGAUGAUGAUGGACAGGAGCCACACUCAACUUCAGGAAGCUCAUCUGCUGAUAAACCAAAGAGGAUUACAACAUCUAGACUGGAUGAUGAUGGUGAUGAUGAAGAUAGCGGUGACUCUGAGCAUGAUGAAAAGGAUCAAAAAGGGCGUGCUAAGAGGCUAAAGCAAUCCCCUAAGAAGAGCCAGAAGAAGACUGCAGUUAAAAGACAAUGCAGUGAUGUUGAUGCUCCAGAAAGGGUACUCAAGAACCGAGGUAAGAGACCCUGGAAUGACCAGGAGAGGACGGCAGUCAAACGACGCCUUGCCAAGAAAAUUGCCCUUAAAAUGGUUCCAGGAAAGAAGGACUGCCUGAUGUGCAUCGCCAAAGAGUCUCCAGUCCUAACCCUAAUGGCAUUGAAAGAGGAGACAGAAGAACUUAAUGAAAUUGAAGAGAAAGAUCAAGAUCAUGAUUUCAUAAAUGGAGAAAAACCUUUUCGGAGCUCGCAGACUGAAAAGACUUCCACACAGAAAAAAGCUCAAAAGAGUUUUAAUCAACAAAGAAACCUUAGAGACCGCACAGGAAAGAAGCGUUUCACAUGCCAACAGUGUGGAAAAAGUUUUGCUCAACGUGGAAACCUCAAAACCCAUAUGAUGAUUCACAGUGGAGAGAGCCCUUUUACCUGCCAACAGUGUGGAAAAAGUUUCACUCGUAAAGAAAGACUUGACGGGCAUAUGCGAAUUCACACUGGAGAGAAGCCUUACAGAUGCCAACAGUGUGGAAAAAGUUUCAAUCAACAUUACAACCUCACAGUCCACAUGAGAGUUCAUACUAAAAUGAGUCCAUUCACCUGCCAACAGUGUGGACAAAGUUUCAAUCAUAAAGUAAGUCUUAACAGGCACAUGAGAAUUCAUACUGGAGAAAAGCUUUACUCAUGCCAUCAGUGUGGAAAAGGUUUUAAUCGUAAAGAAAAACUUGACAGGCAUAUACGAAUUCACACUGGAGAGAAGCCUUACACAUGCCAACAUUGUGGAAAAAGUUUCCAUCAACAUGGAAACCUUACAGUCCACAUUAGAAUUCACACUAAAAUGAGUCCAUUCACCUGCCAACAGUGUGGACAAAGUUACAAUCAUAAAGCAGGUCUUAACAGGCACAUGAGAAUUCACACCUGAGAGAAGCCUCACACAUGCCCUCAGUGUGGAAAAAGUUUCCAUCAGAGUGGAACUCUUAUACCCCCUUUCCACCAGCACGAACCAGGUGCUAGUUCAGAGCUAGUGCUAGUGCCAUUUCGGAGUUGGUUCAACUGAUGAACCUUCUAAGAACCGGUUUGCCUUUCCACAGGCUAGAGAGCCA